CUAUCUUAUGCAGCUUUUUGUGACAAGACAUUUUCUAGUUUAUAUGGAAGAAUAACAUCACCAGACUAUUCCAGUAGGUCAAGUUAUGCCAAUAACCAGAAUUGCCAAUUCGACAUUCGAGUUAGUUCUGGGUAUGUGGUCAGGCUGACAUGGACCACAUUUGAUGUUAAGGGUGAUAUGCCCAACUGCUAUGAUGAUUAUGUGGAGAUUUACAUUGGAUGCAGCCGAAAGUCCAUCGGAAAAUAUUGCUCUGACAACAGCUACAAGCCCCAUGAUAUCUACUCACCAGAUAACUGCUUGCGUAUUAAGUUUAGAAGUGACAGCUCUGGAAGUGGAAAAGGAUUCGAAGCCGCAUAUUCUAGUAUCUCCAAGUUAUCUUCGGGUAUGUACAUGUAUCUACUCCAUAACUACAUGUAAUGGUGGAAUUGGGAUAAGAUGGGAAACUUGACAUCAUACUAGAUGGUAUUCUGUCGGACAGUACGGAAUUAAUAGUAAUAUAUCAUUCAUGACCGUACAAAAAAUGCAAAGGAUGAAAAUAAGUGGUAACUCGGAGUUUCACGUGCUAAGCGAUCAUUUGAGUAAAAGUUCUAAAAACAGAUUUCAGUUUUAAGUGGGAAAUAAAAAAAUUAUGGAUGGUUGGAGAAAAUUUAAAUUGGAGCUGUGAAGAACUUACUUUGGUGAUGACACUUGGUAACCAGCUCAAAUAGUUUAUUUAUGUAUGUCCUUUAUGUAUUUACAUGUAGUUGUAGUUGGGUUCAUAUUAAUUUUUCUAGAGACCUCCUUUACGAUAUUUAUAUGAUCUCAUUUACCUUGUAUGGAAUGUCAGAGCAUGCCAAAGUAAUUAUGAAUUGCCAGCUGAGGAUAGCCAUAUUUAAGUGACAGACGUGUAGAGAUUUGUUCAAUUUCUGAUUUAAUAUUUUAUUCACAUCAUAUUGAUUAUUUGAGUUAGAACUGUAUAAGUGAGGAAUUUUAUUUAAAUGAUAAACCUCUUUAAUAUUUAAGAGUGUCUGAUCCAAAGGGCGCCCUUUCAGGAUUGCCGUGGUUUGAGCAAAGAUGUCCCCUUCAAAUACCUCUUCUGAGUCAUUUUGGUGCUCUUCAAAUUGUGCUUUGAAAGAAAAAUAAAGAAGGAAAUGUAAUUUCUCCAAGUGCAAAAUCUUCGUAAAACAAUAUUUUGGUUUAAAUUUCAGAGGAUUAAAAGCAAAGCAAGAACCAAAAUCGAGAGAAUGACAUACAUAGAAGGCUCAAUUCUCUGAUGUUCCUAAGCACUAGUUUGAAUAUUAAUGCUAUAGGGGGAUAGAUUAUGUAGAUCCACUUGCUUAAUUGAAAGCCCCUCUCUUAAUGUGCGUUAAUGCAAAGUAAUGUCAAAACAAAGAAGGCUUUUGACAGCAUUUUUUGGGCAACAACACAAAAAAGAAACUGCAGAAACGUCCAUGGGAAAUGAUGAAGCUGAGCCUGAGAAUGAUAAAUAGAGUGAACUGAAAUUGAAGUUGCCAAAGUGAAACUUUCAACAGAGCUGGCUAGAGAAGUACAAAUGGGCAAAUGUUUUGUUCACUUUGCCAAAAAUCAAAUCUCAAAUCAAUCUCACAUGAAUAAACUUAUUAUUUUACUUUUCCUCUUCAUAAUGACUGUGUGUUCAAUUCACUCUUGAACAUAUUGCAUUUGUUGAUAACAUAACACCCGGUACGUUAGAAUAAAAAAAAAUAUAGUGACCCCCCAAAAAACAAAAUGUUCCUCUGAAAAUUGUUGACUAGGACACAUAGUCCCCCUAGCUGGAAAUCCUAGAUCAGACACUGUUUAAUCUCCUUUUUGGCAGGUAUGGUAAAGUGUAGGUGAAGUCCAUUAUCAGUGAAACCAGCUUCCAAAUAUGAUAAGUCCAGGCUGUAUUUACUUGUAGAAAGAAUUAGUGAGGGGUUCAGAGUCAAUCAGAAUUGAUGAAAUUGUUUGAAUCAAUAAUGUGCUCCUUUGUUGUAUCUUGCAGCUCCCGGACUCUCUAGUAAGUAUCAUGCUUUAUUUGCAGAAAGUUUAAUAUCAACUUCAACGUCAACUUCAACUUUAUUCAUUCACUUUCAAUUUACAGUUACACGAUAGCUUCCACCCGCGUAUAGGAGAGCCUAAUCGAGGCGGGGGAAGAGACACACAAAUGGUACAUGUAGAUGAUAGGAUUCAGGGGUUUUGUCAGAUGAGGAAGACAAUAAUAGACCAGGCUAUGUUGUGACAGCAGCAUUGAUGUCCAGUUAAUACGGGUUUCUGUGAUAAACGAAGUAAAAGAAGUAGAUGUGUCUAUUGAGAAUUGUACUAUUCAGUCAUGUAGGUGCUGGCUCUUAGUGAAGCAUUAUAUCAUUGAUGUUUAAAAACUUUUUCCAAGCUUAAGGUUGUUUUUGACUAUGGAAGCUGAUAAGAUUUUUAAUUCCAUUCCAUGGAAACUACACAAUGUCAUGUAUGUUCGGUCAAAUGAUUUUUUGGGGGUUGUAAAAAUUUGUGGGCAAUGCAUUUGAAUGGUUACAUAUAUUUAUAAUUUAUGACAUUAUUAUUUAUCUGUUUUUCAUAAAUUAAUCACUUCUGAAUUGUUUAUUAUUGAUUCAUUUCUCAUUUUCUGUAUUAUUUUUAAGGCUUUUGCUAUUCAGAGUAUUUUCCUAAGACAUUGUCUUCAAAUUCUGGAAUCAUGAAUUCCGGAAACUGGCCCAAAGGUUAUCCAUCUUUUCAAGACUGUUAUUGGAAGAUUGAAGUUGGAGACGACAAGAGAAUUAAAAUUGCUUUCAUGGACUUUGAUCUGGACUAUGAUUCUGGAUGUGAUGAUGACAAAGUUAAAGUAAAGGGUGAGAAAAUAAAAGGACAGCUUUGUUAACUGGUGUUAAUAAUAUUAGUCGUCUUAAAAAAAUAGGUGUCAUAUUAAUUAUCAGAGGGAGGGGAGGCAGGGUGCAAAGAAGUCAGUUUCAUAUUCUGCUGUUAUAUGAAAUCAGAAACUCUUAAGGGGUUGAAAUGUAUAGCUCUCAUUUGUUUGCUUUGUCCAAUGCUCCUGAUUAUUCAUUUUCGAAAGUACCAUGUUUGGAAAGAAAAGAAAAGAUGGCUGACCCAUCAAACUUCGUAAACAACGUGACGUAAUUUCUUCGAAGGACGAUUUCUUGUUGAAAAGCUUCCCUUCCUCCAAAAAAAGAAAACUGAGCAUUCUUUUAAACUUUCUCUUUCCAUUUUUUGUCUUUUAACGGUAUAUUUUUAACCCUGAAAUGCAGAACUCUGGUCUUAAAACCAUCGCAUGGUGAUCGUGUGACAGCCAUUUUGUUGAAAAUGGAUAUCCUUCACUAAGGUUUCCAAACAUGGCAAAAGUGAAUAUUCACGAGCAUUGAAUGCAAGUUACACGUUUGAACCCCUUGUGAGUUUCUGAUGUUAUACUACUACAUGAGAAAUUUCUGCAAACUGAUUCGCUCAGAGCAGUUGUAUUUCAGCGUAAUUUGAAAUACCUACAUGUGAAAAUUACAAACCUUUUGCGGGUAGUAGUAUAAACAAAUAAUAGCAUGAUUUGUAUGUGAUAUUUGGCAUAAAUACCACUCGCCUAACGGCUCGUGAAAUUACAUAUAACAAUUUCGAAAGAUCACUCAUGGUAUACAAAUCAUGCUAUUACCUAUACUAACAACAAAAUUUAAGACAAUUCCACCCUUGAAGUUAAAAUUUUUGUUCAGUGGCCAUUUGGCGACCAACUCUUUGGAGGCGCCAAAUUAUAUCAAAUUAUAUCAAAAAUUGUUAUUAACAAAAGCAGUUAGCAAGUUUAACUUAAAAUGCAGCACUGUUUAUAAAUUACUCAUUUAUUGUGCGAGGCAUUAUCUACUGAUAGUCUGCGAACAAGGUUUGCAGAUUCACCUUCUUGAAUCAAUACUGAAGCGGAAUUGUAACGACAAUUACCAUUUCCAGUUGUCUUUAGGGCCUUCAAUCCUUCUGUAUAAUCCUCAGUUGGUAUAAUAUGAGAGCAGUACUUCACUUGUCCUCUGUUAAUGUGUUCAAAACUUCCCAGUCGCAACUUGAAAGGCGAUCGAUCUACGUACCGCGUAGCCUUUGUAUUUCAGUAACGCAGUUCAAGUGGCAGGGUAUUCUGCAGUUACUCCCAAAAAUUUAUACUUGAUUGAUCGCCAGUUGUCGCCUGCAUUAAAAAGUUAAUUUCGGACCCUGCAAUUUGGUGUCUAUUUGCAAAUCUGUAGCAUAUGUGUAGCGGCACCCUCCUUUGUCCGGGGGAGGGUGCGGCUUCACGUAGGGUAGCAAAUCUGCAUUUUACCAUCUGCACAACCUAGCCCCACACUUUCUCAAAACUCAGUUCAGGCAACAACAAACAGCAGCACUUCAAAACACGAGUUUUUGCACUCAUUACACGAUAACUUAUGAAAGCUGUUUUACAGGAAAAGUCAACACAUAUUCUUGUGAACGUACAAUGAAAGAAUACGUUCAUAGUUUGUUUACUACAGAAGUAGAAAAUUGAACAUCCAACUGUACGCAGCUGUAUUUUGAGUCGAUCUGUAAUUUGACAGAUUUGAUGCUUACAGACGGAACUGGCCGCUAUUGUAAUGGUGGACUUCAUUCACUUUUUACAAGCUGCAGUGGUUUAAGAUCUGUUUUCUAGACUUUUUCAUGAUCAAGAAAUGCUGCAAUAAUGACGUUGCCGCAUUUGCGAAGUUGUCGCAUUUAACUUAUGUACGUAGCGUGACCGAUGAAAAUAUGUCAGUGGUAGCUCUAAAUUUGGAGAAAGGUUUCUUUGCCGUAGCCACGUAUUAUUGGCGUUAAUAUUAAUUUGUUGAUUUGUGAAGUCCGGUGGUUUGAAGAAGGUUAUAGCAUCGACAUUUAUUACCAAAUCAUUUGUGCAAAUGUUGGAAAAAAAAAGUGUGAAACUCAGACAUAUUUCAUCAUCGUUUACAGCUUGUUUACAACCUGCAGCAACCGAUUUUGUAACAGAACUUGGUCAGAUCUCUCUUAGGAACAACUUCUUUCAUCCAGGAAUUUAAUUUUGACAUUCAAGAAUGCUAAAACUAUCCGUUUUGUUGCUGGUUGGCACAUGGUUAAAUUUUCCCAGAGACUUUCUACACCAGAAAUUCACACAGUUGUUGUCUUUAUCUGCGCUUUGGCAUCGUUGUGAAAUGUAAACUGCUUUCCAGCUUUGUACUUAUAAUAUAACUUUUAAAGCUAUGGCAGUAGCAAAUUGUGACGCUCAGUAAUAAAAUGUGGAAACCAACACUCUUUAAUAUUAAGUAGGGGUGGGUAAGUAAACUGUUUUGUUUUUGAGCCUUUCUAAAAUCGUUGUUUGCAGAUCAAUAGCCUGUCUUGUGUAUGGCUUGUGGUCUGGAUGCCUUUUUCUAUGGGUUUACCGGUAUAAUAAACCAUAGGUUUAUGACCAAUCAGAUUGCGCGUACUUUCUCAGUUAUUUUAUAAAAAUUAGUAGUUACGUGAUUGACUUGUAAUUUUAUUUGAUAGUUUUGGAGUUUUUAGUUUUUGAUAUUUUAAUUGUAAAUACCAUAAAAAUCCAAAAAUAAGGCCCUCCAUGUAUAACCCCCUCCAAAUAUUAGCCCCCCAAACUCGUAACACAAUCGCAUCGCUACCACAGGAAAGUCAUUCAUCUAUUUUUGUGAUGUUUAACAAAUACCCUAAGGGGUUCCCAGCCGGGAAGGCGAACCAAAAAGUCUAUCGUAUAGUACAGUUGUGUACCUGAAUUGCGUGUGCUUCUGAAUCAAAUAAUUCUAAUGAUUGUUGUACCACUUGCGUGUGAAUUCACCCGAUUACCGUGACAUCAGACGGACCUUAAACUCAACACCAGGGCCUCCAUGGCCACUACCAUGCAUAUUAGUUGGUACAACAUGGGCAUCCCCAGAAUGUGGACAGAUUUGGGAAAAUCUUCACUAUACAGUUAAUAAAGUACCAUUGACCAAGAUUAGUCUGCGCGCUUCUCUUGUUGCCCACAAUUUCGGUUUGAGUUUAUUUUCUCUUGAGUUUUCCCUUAGACGGCCACGUUCUGUAAGCAAUCACUUUGUCGUGCACCAUAAGAGUGGUCCCUUACCAGAGAAAUGACUGAAUUGAGGACAGUUUAGUGAGAGGUUUUGUCUGUAGUAGCAAGUUAAUGUGAUUGCCUUUAAAUGAAUGAAUGAAUGGCGGCCAUCUUGGUUUCAAAUGUACUGAGGGAGUGGGGAGGAAACCGUAACCCUAAUCCUCCCAAACCGCCCCCCGCCUCCUAAAGUACAGAUCUGACACUCAUCUAACAUGGCCACCCAUGACAUAAAACACUUGAUCUUGAUGAUCUUACGGAAAAAUAAGGGACUGUGAACAGUCUAAUAGUUUUCACAGUAACGUAAAAUUAAUAGUAGUGUUCCUCUUAUAAUAUUGCAUGACAUUCUUGUGGGUGUUGUUUUUACAGGGGGGAGCAGUUCCAGGUCAUAUGAUUCAUCCACCACUGUUAGAAACUCAAUGUGUGGUUCGAAGAGUCCAUUCUUUAUUACCUCAUCAUAUGAUAGAAUCUGGAUCAGAUUUAAAUCCAACAGCCGUAAUCGAGACCGUGGUUUUGUUGCUGGUUAUGUCCUUUACAAGGACUCAAGUAGGUCCUGCACA